UCCAAUCGCAAAAAGUGUGGAAAAGUAAUAAUGAAGGAAAAUAGUGUUGUCAGUUGGUGCAAAGCAAUAGUUUCUGUCAAAUGUUAAAAGUGCGUCAUUUUUUUUUUCUCUUGGUCUUAAGCGGAGAGAUAGUUGUAUGCCAGCACUACCCCAUAGAUUUCAUUUGAUCAGUUUACGCCUUAUCGCUUAAAGUUAUAUUUGAAAAUAGUUUAAGUGGUGAGUAUGAAAAACAUGAACGGACACAUUCUUAGUUCUUCUAGUUCUAGUCCUAGUUUGUUGACAUUUGUUUUGUGAUUGGGUUCGGCUUUGUCAUACAUUAAAAUAUUAAAUUUAUAACAUUUGAAAUGUAAGUUGAAUCUCAUAUGAGGACAUUUUUUAUGAUGGAAUCUGAUGAUUCAGAUUUAGCCAUCAUUCAAUUCAAAUUCAUUCAAUCAUUGCAUUCAUUUUCAUAUUCUCAUUGGGGGUGGGCAUCCAUUCAUUGAUGAGUAGGCCUGCCUAUAUAUGCCGUAUUUAUUGGCGUAUAACAGGCACUUUUCUCUCUGAAAAUAGGGGGCAAAUCAUGUGUGCUGUGUUAUACACCGAUAUAAUGUUUCAAUUUUUUUUCCUGAAAUUUCCUUUUUAAAUUGAGGUGCGUGUUAUACGUGUGGGAGGGGUGGGGGGGGGCGUGUUAUUACUGUUAUACGACAAUAAAUGUAAUAUGAUAUAGUAUAUAUAAAUAUUAAUAUUAUAAUAAAUGGUAUAUCAUAUAACUGUAUAAUCAGUGUAUACCAACUUAAUAGUGAUAUACUUCACUAUUCACUAAACUUAUACUCACUAUGACUAUAAUGGUGUGACUAUACUCUAUACUUAUACUUAACAUUAACAUUGUAAAAUAAUAAUAGUGUGUAUACAAGUUACUAAUGUUACAGUUACAUGGUCAAUUGCCAUUCGUUUCCUCUGAAAAAAGGUUAAUCAUUAAUUACUUUUUCUAUAUAAACCUUUACUAUAUUUGAUAACAUCAAUCUAUUUCUAUAUGAUUUAAUGAUGAUGAGUCAUGUGAAAUGUAAUUGGGCCAUCCAUAAAGAAUUCAAUAAAGUAUGUCAUGCUCCGUAAGGGGUCUAAGAAAGUGUGACAGUUUGUGAUGAGGUUAAAAGCUUGUGUAACGAAUUUUAAAAAGAAAUAUUUUUUUUAAAGUGGAUAUACUUUAGAAGGGGGUGGGAUUCUGAGAAUCAAAAAAAAAUAAGAUAAGGCUGAACAUACUUUUCAGUAAAAGGUUUGUCUGCUGUGGGCAGGGGAUGAUAUGUUAUGAGGCUCCCAGUAGAACCAAAAGGAUCCGGCUGAUUCUGACAGGGAAAAGGAAGGGGAUUGUAAAAAAAAUAGUGUAACAUACUUUAUGGAUGGCCGCAAAGAUGUAUUAACCAUGUCAAAUUUCUUUAUAGGCUGUACUAUAUUUUUAAAAAUGGUUUAUGGUUCCAAGCCAAGGGACAGUGGUAGAGAACAAAAAUGUGAAAGCCAUUGGUCUAAACAAAGGCUCUAUUUUAGUUUAAGUGUAUGGAUUUGAUUAUGAAAUAGCCUAUGGAAUUUUUUUAAUAAGUAUCAGCCUUAAGUAUAGUUUACAGUGAAUAAAAAAUUCAGCUAUAUGUGGCACUGUACAAAUUAAUGUAUGAAUUAAAAUAAAUUUGCACUCAGCCAAUAGCCAGAAAUUUGAAUAUAGUGAUUUGAUAUGAUAGAAAUAACUGAGGAAUAUGUUCUUAUAAAUUUAUAUGUGCUUAUCAUCCUUUUCUAUAUGAGGCCAGUGAGUAAGCGUUCUGUGACUAUCCUAGUGACAGUAAUGAACAGGGUUUCUUUCAGCUAUAUCUCCGGUAGGGCACUGCCCCCCCCCCCCCCNNNNGGGGAAGCCCCACCCCCCCCCCCCCCCCCGGGAAAAUUUAAAAUUUCUGAAAUAAUCACUGGUAAUGAAUGUUUUGUGGGAACAAUAUUUGAGAAGAGGUCAUUUAUGGAUGUGCACCUGACCAUAGACCAUAGAGUAUAUUAUUCCACAAUUAUAAUGUUAAUAACUUGAAAAAAAGGAAUUUGAAACAAACACACUUAGUUAAAUUUUUUAAAAUUAUUAUUACUAAUUAUGGGCAAAGAUUUCUAACCUACUUGCUGCUGUAUAUUUCUACAAUUUCAUAUGUUUAUCUUUUUUUCUUUCUUUUUUCUUUGUUUAGAUGGCAAACUUGGACUAUAUCAAACCUACUCCUUUAGGGCAACCAACUUCACGAGGUAACAUUAAAUGAAAUUGAUUUUUAAACUGAUAAAACAAUUUAGUUAAUCAUAUAGUUGGUCAAAAUUUGUAAUAAAUUUUCCUAAUAAAAAUAUACAUAAUAGUUUAGAUGGUUUCUUUAUACUGUUGGUUUUUUUAAAAUCUUGAGCUGGUAUUAGGCUCAGGUUUACAGAAGACUUGUGAAUGUUUUGUAUUUCUUAUUUCAGCUGUUGUUGGUUUAGCCAAUCAUCUGCUCUCUGAGUUCAGCAUCCCAACCAUAAUAGAAGAUGUCUCAGAUAUAAGUGCAGCUCUAUUUGUUGUUCUGUAUGAGAGCCUUUUCAGUGAUCGCCUCCCUGGUAAAUUAUAAGCUUACUUUUAAAUUUAAAAAAACAACAACUAGACUUUAUGCCGUUUAAAAUAUACAGAAAAUUCACACAAUAAAAUAUUGUAAAUUAGUAAAUUUAAAAAAUUAUUUAACUAUAUUUAUUAAAACUUAGGAAUUUAAAGUGUUGAUCUUUAUUUUAUUUUUUUUUUGUUGUUUAUACCAGGUAUAAUACGUCAGCCUGUUACAAAAGAGGAUGAAAUUUACAAUUGCCAAGUUGUUAUUGAUGUCCUUGCAACUGAUGUAGUGCGUGAUAACCUAAAUCAUAUUAGGGGCGCUGAUAUUGUUGCAGGGAACAUAACCUCUAUUUCAAACCUUUUGGAUAUCUUCCAGUGCCUCUUGGAAUACGUUGUCAAUAAAAUAGAAAGUGACAUAGAGCGGGAUGGUGAGAUGUCUAGAUGUCCUUGCCAUGUUGAAUUUUUUUUAUAAUAUAACAUAAUUUGUUUUUAACACUCUCAGGUUUUUUUUCCUGUAUAUUGGGAACUAUCAAACUGGAGACACUUACACAUAAAAAAAAAUUUAAACCAAUGAUAAACCAGGUUAUCAGAGUAAAUUAAUAAUUACAGCUUGAUCUCAGUCUGCCUGCUUGUUAAUCUGGAGAAAAUUGAUACUGUAUUUAAGGACUUAUGCUGAUAAUGAGUUUCAAUUUUAUUCCAAUGAUUUGAUUUUGCUUUUUUAUCCAGUCUCAUUUAUUAAAGGUACAGCUAAAAUUUAAACAAUAAUCUUAAUGUUAUUUUUAGAUUAAAGUGCUAAAUAAAAUUUUAUUGCAUUCAUCUGCCUUUGACUCUAUUUAGAUACAAGAUCUAUCAGCUCAGUUGAUUCUGAAUCGUUUAAGCCUACAAGUACGAGACCACCUCAGAAAAAAGGACAGAUUUCAAAGAAAAAAAGCCACAGUAUUUCAAAAACAGUGAAGAGCAAUAUGACAUUUUCUAACAGGUUUGUGUGUAAAGAAAAAUUCUUUCUUGCUUAGAAUACUUAUCAAUCUUCUAGAAUUAGUCUUGAAUACUAAUUUUAUUGAAAAAAAUUGUUAGGUUGUUUUAUUUAAACAAAAUUUGUAUAAUAGUUUAAAAGUUAUGACAGAAAGGAAUUGAUUAUUGAAAUUUCUCAGGACAAAUAACAAUGGUAAAAGAAUUCCUUCAAAACCUGCUAAAUCAGAACACCCAAGACCUGCAAGUCUGAACAAAAAUGGUAUGUUGACUCAAUUUAGAAUUGUUUUUCAAAAAAAUAAAUCGACCCCUUCUAGUAUAGGAUGUUGGCAUAAAUAAAGUAUUUGACUCUUUAAAAAGAAGACAGUUCAGAUUUAUAAAGCAAACUGAUGCAUGAUUGUUACAAGCAAGUCCGAAAUAUAUGACCAUAUUUAUGUGUUCUUUGAUGUCAAGGUUACGCUAAACAAGCCAUCUUUAUCAAAUUCCAAAUUGGCUGCGACUAUUCGAACCCGGGUACUAGAAGUGAGAGGUUGGGAUUAAAAAACUAUUUAAAAUUUUAUUAUUUGGUUUGUAAGACAAAAUGAGGUAUCAAAUGAAAGAUAAUUGAAUGGACUAUAUUUUUGUAAACUUACUUCUUCAGUUUAAGUAAAAUUAACUACCACAAAUGACAUACGAAUAGCUUGAGUCUAAUGGUAUCCGGGUGCGAAUGGCGGCGCUGCAUGUCUGGGUCCAUUUAGACUCAGUACUAUUCGGAUGUCAUUUGUGUUAGUUUAUUUUAGUUAAACUGAAGAAUUAAAUUUACAAACAUAUAGUCCAUUCAAUUAUCUUUCAUUUGAUAAAUCAUUUUUUCUUACAAACCCAACAAUAAAAUUUUAAAUAGUUUUUUUAAUGCCAACCUCUCACUUCUGGUACCCAAGUACAAAUAGCCACUUUGUUCCAAAUUUGCUUUCAUGGUAGACAGUUGAUCAGACCUUCUGUUUUAUUGAGGAUUUAUUAAUGAUCUACCACUGUGCAAGAUGUGUCGAGUUGAUACCAAGGCUGGCUGGUGCCUGUGAAUUUUAUUAGCCCUGUCUUAAGUAAAUCAUCUGGCUUUACUUUCUCAAAUGUCAUACACAUGGUCCCAACCGUUUACUUUUUUUUUAACAGUGGAAAGAAAAAAAAUUAUAAUUUUUGUUAGCUUCUCGUUUAUUUUUAAAUCAAUAUGAUUUAGUGUGAGUAGAGAGCAAUUAAAUAUCAUUUAUGAGAAAUAAUCCAUUUCAUUUGGUUUUAUGUUUAAAAUAGAUGCUGACAACAAGACUAUAAUUUUUACGUUGAGCACAUUUUCUAUUUUAAAAUCAAACAUCUCCAGAGAACCGGAAAGCUUUUGACGAUCAUACAAUCAUCAAUCAUGAAGAUUAUUUCACCAUGACCACAAGGGCACUUCCUUCACAGCAAACUGGCCGCCCUCCUUCACCUAUCAAACCUGAUCAAUCCCAAUCUUUUCUAGGGCGUAAGUAAAACACAACAGCACUUUGAGGUUAAUAUUUUUCAUCAGUUUUAGUUUUCCCAUUUUAGUUGUUUUUAAACUCUAUUCAAAAAUGUAUCACAAAGUCUGUCUUUGAAGCUGGAAAACCUUGGCACAUUAAUUUAAUGGUUAGGGUAAGUCAUUAUACAACCUUCAAAUGGUGUAACAUAUUUAGUCAAUAGAUGAGAUACAUAAGUUCAUUACUAAAUGUUGUUCUUAGUCAAUUGCAUAAAAGGCCCUUUGAAAAAUGAUAUGUCAAAAGAGAGCGUGUUUCCUUUAAACCAAUUGAUUUCUUCAUAGUUGAUAACUAAAGUUCCAUUGAUAUAAAAAUUGCCUUUUUCUUUUUUCAGAGAAAACAAUUGAUUCUGAGUUUGAUGCUGACUUAGAGAAAGUACAGAAACAAACAUUCAUUUCAUCCCUUGGAUACCCAAAAGUAGGCUUCUCAUUCAAUCUGCUCAUUUAAUGAUUAACUUUUGUUCUACAUUUGCUUAGUAUAUUCUUUCUAAUUGAUGAACUAAACAAUUUCUAAUCCAUGUUUGUAGAAAAUAUACAUUUUUUUCAUCAACUAGAGUGCAUGGGAUAACCAGCUUAAACAGCCCAAAGAAGCAGACUUGGUAGCUACAGACAGUUUAUCACUCAAAAAGCAAGAGAACGCACCCGUUAAUGGAAAUGCUGGUUAUGUUACAAGUGCUCCAGCUGUUCAUGCCACCGGUAGUAUUUAUUACAACAGAUAAUUGCAAAUGAAAAAGUUCAUAAUUUUCGUUUUAUUAGAAGGCUGCUUAUAUUCAUGGUUCAACUGAUGAAAAUUUCAUCGGAUAUAACAGUGUAAUUGUAAUUCUAAGCAAGAUGCAUUUGUUACCUUAUGUUGAGUUCUAUUUUAAUGACAACAAAGCUGUUCCAGAUUCAGCUGCAUCAAGGCUGCCAUCAAGCACGUCUGGAGAUGUAGAACAGCCGGAUCCUUUUGGUUCUACUGGGAGCCUCAUAACAUAUCAUCCCCUGCCCACAGCAGACAAACCUUUUACUGAAAAGUAUGUUCAGCCUUAUUUUUUUUUGGACUAAUUCGCUGAAACAUAAAAUGUUUAUUCUUUUUUCAAUAUUUGAUAUAAUUUUUGUUCUGACUAUAUGAUUUGUUUUCUGCAACCUGCUUCCAAAUUUAAAAAAUAUAAAUUUAUAUCUGACAACCCAUAAGUUUUCUUGCCUGAUCUCAAUUUUGACAAUUAUUUUGAGUUUUUUAAUGUGUUUUUUAAGUUGCCUUGUCUUUUUAUAAAGCUUGAAAAUGAAAUCAUUCAGUCAAAUCAUUCUCUCUCCUCCUAUUUUCAGAUCAAUAUUUUUGCGUGUGGUUGCUUUAAAGCAAAAUUGUUGAAUAGAUUUAAUGUUCCCUUUGUCCCUUACUUUAUCACUAACAGGAACUUUGAACAUAUUAUGUAGCUGUAAAAAACAUCUAACAGUUAUCUGGAUUCACAAUAAUAUAUUUGUGAGAUUUCUUGUUUCAAGAACAUGGGCUUCUCUUAAUUAGUACUUGUACAUGCAUAUCCUAUGCAUCUCACAAUACACCUAUAUUGAACUAUUUAAUAAUUAAUAAUUAAGGACAUGCAUAGUAAAUCAACUCCAUCAUUUCCUGUGACUUUCAGAACAUCAGAAAUUAAAGGUCUUUCCAGUUCAUACAGUGACUUGCGUCAAUUAGUGGAGAAAACUGCUGCACUGACAAGGGUCGCCCUGGCAACCAGCCCAAUUAGGCAUAAAGAUGUGGAUUAUCUGGAUAUCACAGAUGUCACGUAAUUUCAAUAAUUUACACUAACAAAAUACAAUUUAAAUGAAUAAUGAAUUAGUAGAACAGAUAUUUAUUUGGGUAAAUAGUUAAACUACAUUCAUCACUUUUGCAAAAAUAAGUUUCAAAUUUAUAGAUUAAGUAAAUUUUUAAGUGUUAUUUAUUAUCAAAGAAAGCAUUUUAAAUUUAUUUGCUUUUAAAGAAACAAAUUUUCAAAUAUUGGAAUAAUACAUUUGGGAACAAUUCUAUUUAUGACUUAACACUUUUAUUAACACUUUUUGUUAAAAACUAAUUUAGAUUCUUAUACAUGUAUAAAAAAAAUUAUAGUACUAGGACUUAACAGGGUGCAGUUUUUUUUUACACCGGGUCCAGGUAUUUUAGAAAUAGGACCACACACGGUCCAACACUCUACCUACCGGUCUUAAAACAAUAGUUCUAAAGACAGUUCUUUAGACAGUCCUAUACCAUACCCCUGGCUCUUUAUUGAUUGUUAUAAUCACACUUCACUCACGACAGCCUUUUUUCCCCACUCAGUACUAUUAUUACUUACCAUGUGGGGGGGGGGGGGGGGGGGGGCAGUUUCAAAAAUGAAGCAGGACAUACCAGAAGCAAAAUAUAUGUAAGAGAUAUUGAUUGGUGAUUUAAAAGGUUUAUGAUUGUAUAAAAUAUUGAUCUGAUCAUAAUUUUGUUACUGUCUUAUUUUAAGUCGAGACAGACCACCAAAGUCAAAAGCUGUGAAAUUAGCUAACACUGGGGAUGCAGUCAUUAGGAUACCUACAAAUAAAGAAAAUGUAGGUAUAAUCUCACAACUUUAGGAAACUCAUUUUUUUAUUAAAAUCAAUGAUUAUCAUGUUAUAUUCAUCUACAGUGGAAUGCAAAAUGAAAUUAAAAUUGAUUUUUGUCAUUGAGGCUUUUAGGGGGAAAGAAACAAAUAGCUUCAUUCAUUGUAUUUGAACUCACUGAAUGUCUAAACUUAUUCUCUAAUAAUUGUGUCACAAGGUUCCAAGCAAGGCAACAAAGCGGGUUGUAUUUGCUUCUCAAUCAGACGUUGGCAUACAGGACAGGUAAGAUUGCUGAAAUAUUCUAAAUACAAUAAAACUUGUGUUCUGAGUUGGCGAGGAUAUGCUGCAGUUUUUAAAUAUACUCAAAACCAGAAAUGCAUUUUUAGAGUUCCUUGUUAUGUCUCAUAUUUUAAACCGUUGAUCCACAUGCGUGUCUGUUUUAAUACAGGUUAAGUGAGAGGAAUUAUCUCCACCCAUCUAAGAGUGCACACAGAGCCAAUGGUUAUCACAGUAGCACAGAGGUGUACACAACUUCUGGUUUUCACAGAUACAAUGGACGUGCCUCUGACUAUGUUUACAGUGAUUUGGAUAGAGAAGGGAGGUAAUGUAUAAAAUUUCAAAUAAUUGAUUUUUAAUAAUGUUUUAUUAAUGAAAUCAACAAAGUCAAAGGCACUCACAUGUAUAUAAACUAUUUCAUUUCCCUUUAGCUGAUGCAAUUCUAUCUCAUUAUCAUGUAUAUAAACUAUUUCAGGUACCCUCUUGCUGAUGCUAGUCCAUCUCAUAAACUUGUUACACAGAAAAAACCAGCCACAACUAAACCAAAGAGACAGACAUUAGCCAAACAUCUAGCAGCCAACAGACAGCCAGAGCUAGGGGCAGCUCUUAUGACCCUAACAAAUGAAGAUAAGGCCUUGAGGCAAAAACAACAGGUAGGAUGUUGUUUGAUUAUAUGGUCGAUCUGUUGAGUUACUUUAAAAUAAGAUGUUGCAGUUCUGUUUGCAAUGUGCUGUUCUGUUUGCAAUGUGCAAUUCUGUUUGCAAUGUGCUGUUCUGUUUGCAAUGUGCUGUUCAUUUUUCAAGUGAGAAAUGAAACAAAGUGUUCAAUCUUUAAAAGCUUCUAUAAAUAUUAAAUAUUCACAAUGGAAAUAAAGUGAAGAUAUUUUUUUUAAUAAAAUUAAGUCUUGACAACUUGUUUACCUUAUUUUAUUUUUACCUUAUUUGUUUACCUUAUUUUUUAUGUUAUUUCAUCGUAACAUCAAUAAUAUUCCAACUCUACACUCGCUUCUUGUAGACCAUGACAAAAAUUAAUUCUUCCACAAAAUUUACUGUUGCUGAACUCACUAGCUGUAAAACUAUGAAUGGAUGCAAAUGUCGUCUCUCUUUUAUUCUGCCUUAAAAUAUUUAAAUAUGAUUGAUCAAAGUUCGAAAAUAUGAUUGAUCAAAUGUUCAAAAAUAUUAUUGAUCAAAGUUCGAUGCUAGACUUUUGACUUAAUCUCAGAGUAGCAGCUGAGUUGUUUAUAUUUUAGUCAACAAACGACUUUUUUCAGAUUCUUCGCAAGUUUUAUGAAAAAGAUCACGAGGAUUUUACAGAGGAUGUGGAAUACAUGAUAGGAAGAGAUGUGCAGCAAGCAGAUGAAGUGGUGAGACCAUAUGGUGUAUUCUUCUACAGCUUUAGCUUCAGCAGAUUGAUUUAUUUGAAAAAAAUGAUUUUUUUCUUCUUUUCCGAUAGAUUUUGAAGAAAAUUUGAGUUCUUGUAUAAGCUAUUUAUUUGUCUCCCCCGAGUUUCUUAAUAUUAAUUUUUAUUGACGAAACUUUCAUUAACACUGAUUUUAUUUCAAUAAAUUUAAAGGCUGGUUUUAAUUAAGUUUUUGUUGAAGUACCGGUACAGAGAACCAUUUUUGACUUCAUCUAAUGAAACUAAAAGGAAGUGAAAUAUUUUGAUGAUGGUGGAGUCCUUGUAUUAAAAAAAUCAAUCUUUGAUACAUUAAUGGUGUAUAAAUUUCUAUAAUUUAUGUAUUUCAGGAGGAAGAGUUAACCAGAAAAUGUGCAGAGGGAAAGCCAAAAAAGAAACUCUUUAAAAAAUCCAAAGGUGAGAGUUUUGAUAAACAUUUUUGUUGUGAUCCUUAACUUUAAAACUUUUGCGUUACAGGCAUCAGAUUUUGAUAAUUUUUUGGGUUGUUGACCAAAUUGAGUUAUGAGAGGAAACUUUUUAUCCUCAUGUUGACUUCUAUAACUUUUAUCUUACAACUGUUGUUGACAGGAAAAUUAUCUUCAUACAAGAAAGGGAAGGUCAGCAGCAAAAGUUAUCAGAAAAGUACUGGCGGAAAAACAUUUGUCAGCUCCACACCUACUUGUGAGUGGCUUUGUAUAAUACCUCAAUAGAUUAUUGUGUUAAGUGCACUAUAAAAAGACAUGGUAAGGUAUAGAGCACUUCUAUCAUUAUUUCUUGAAUUAAUCCAGUGCGUAUGGGUCAAGGUCAGUAAUGAGCCAUUCUUUUAAUGCCCUUCAGUGACUAUAGAAAAUGAAGAGGAUCUUUUGCCGACAAUGUUGGAGGAAUUCCCUCACCUUCAUCUCAGUGGACACACCUGGCAUGAGCUUUGGAGAAAAAGUCUACACCAAAUUGAGGCACUGACAAGAACUUACCUGGCAAGUCAGCGUAAAAAAUCAAAUGCCCAGACCCAGGUGAAUAAAACUGAAUUUUUUUUUGAGUAAUUCUAAACUUAUCCAUUUAUUGAAUUGCCUUAAAUAUAUUUUUUUUUCUUUAAUUUUUUUUUUUCUUGAGAUUUCCAAGAUCAUUAAAAAAAAUUUAAUCCCUGCUUUUCUUAUCUUCAGUUGGAAGAAGCUGGUGGGAAGCAUCAGUUGUUAUCAGAUUUGAUGAAGGACCAAUUGGAACAUCACAGAAGAUUGGUAAUAUCCAAAAAUCAAACCUCUUUAUUGUCUGCAUUAUGCUAAAAAUCAACAUGAUCUUUUAUCCCCUUUGUAUGUUAGGGAGUUUAAACAAUAAUGGGCUUUAUAUUUUCAAAUCUACCAAAACAAAAAUUAAUAUCCAAGCGCCAAACUUUUUUUUGAAACAAAUGUUCAAAUUAUUCAAAUAUUUUUCUACUGCCAGCAAAACUUAAAAACUUCCACAGUUUACUGGAAAAAAGUUUUCAUCUCUUCAAUAAAUUUUCCUUCAAUUUUUUUAUUUUUUUUUGUGUGGAUCAGCAAGAAAUUAAACAACAAAAACAGCAGCAGAUUCGGGUGAGAAAUAAAGUCAAUGAAAAACGAAUUCAGUCGGCCAGGGCUCGGUGUUAUUACAAUGAGUACCAAGUGAGAGCAAGAGCUAAGCAGCUCAAGAGAAGGACAAAGGAAGAAAUGGUUUGUUAAUCCCUCCUUCAGUUAAUCAGCUUGUAGCUAUAUUUUUGUCUUAAACGAGUCACUGUCUAGAAACUUGUGGAAGAUUAUACUGUUGUUAAAUGAGAGAUGGAUGGCAUUGUAAUGUUCCUAGUGUUUAUUGACAUAACAUCACAUGUUCACGAGGGUUCAAAGGAUUGUGUUCUUAAACGGUAUGGGGUCAUCCUUAAAGGACAUCUACAUGGGAGGAAAAGGAGGGGGGGAGGGGUGUUUGGUUGUGUGUCCCGUUCAAAUGCGGACAUGGGGGAAGGUUUGUAAUGGAUCUUGCAGACAUCCACAUAAAAUCAAAUACUCAAAAAUCAAUAUCCCCCCCCCCCUCUCCUCCCGGCUGGGCAUACAUAAUCAAUGGAUCCAUAUCAUUGACCCCUGGCUGGGCAUACAUAAUCAAUGGAUCCAUACCAUUGACCCCCGGCUGGGCAUACAUAAUCAAUGGAUCCAUACUAUUGACCCCUGGCUGGGCAUACAUAAUCAAUGGAUGCAUACCAUUGACCUCCAGCUGGGCAUACAUAAUCAAUGGAUCUAUACCAUUGACUCCCGGCUGGGCAUACAUAAUCAAUGGAUCCAUACCAUUGACCCCUGGCUGGGCAUACAUAAUCAAUGGAUGCAUACCAUUGACCCCUGGCUGGGCAUACAUAAUCAAUGGAUGCAUACCAUUGACUCCUGGCUGGGCAUACAUAAUCAAUGGAUGCAUACCACAUAAUCAAUGGAUGCAUACCAUUGACCCCUGGCUGGGCAUACAUAAUCAAUGGAUGCAUACCAUUGACUCCUGGCUGGGCAUACAUAAUCAAUGGAUGCAUACCAUUGACCCCUGGCUGGGCAUACAUAAUCAAUGGAUGCAUACCAUUGACCCCCAGGCUGAGCAUACAUAAUCAAUGGAUGCAUACCAUUGACCCCCCGGCUGGGCAUACAUAAUCAAUGGAUCCAUACCAUUGACCCCCAGCUGGGCAUACAUAAUCAAUGGAUCCAUACCGUUGACCCCUGGCUGGGCAUACAUAAUCAAUGGAUCCAUACCAUUGACCAUACUGAGGGAGCACCGUAAAUUUUGCUGAAUGUGUCCGAGGACGUCCACAACCCUGGGGGAGGGGAGCAGGAAGCCACAUGCGAGCAAGGGGGAGAGGUGGUGGGAAAAAAUCUUACUUUGGUGGACAUCCUUAAUGGCAAACCCAUAUCGUUGGAUAAUAUCAUUUGACUGAAUAAUGAACGCUCAUCCUUUAUGGCAAAUCCAUCUCAGAUAAUAUCAUUUGACUGAAUACUGAUUCUCUGAUCAUUGUUAUUUUGAUCAUGUUUUCUCCAUCCAUUGUGUCUGAGAUUAAAAUUUAGAUAUCUUAUAUUUGUGCCAUGUUCCAUACUUCAGGUCUUUCGGGAGCUAUUCAAAGAUGCUUUGAAUAUACAAAAGGAGAGAAUCCAAGAUAUUCGACGCUAUGCUAAUGAUCUGCGCAAGCGACAGGAAAUGACAAGACAAAAUCAGAUUGACUCUAUUGAAAACUUGUAUCUUUUAAAAUAUUGCAUGCCAUUAAUUUUUUUUUUUUUUUUUUUAAAUGUGUUUGUUUUUCUAUAGUGUUGAAAUUAAGCUAGAAAAGACAAGCUCUAGUCGGGUUGGGGGAAAAGGGGCUUAAGAUAUUAGAUUGAGAGGCAGUGAUCACAGACUAAAUAAUUUUGUUAAUAACUUCUAAUUCAACCAUCCCCUCUGCAACUUUUUAAAAUCUUGAUAAUGAACUUUAUUGAAGCUGAUUUUUUUUUACUUUUGGUAAACAAAUUUCAUUUGAACAUUAGUUGAACAUUAGCCUUUGAUUACUUGCUUUUCAUUUACACAGUAUCUAAGCUACCGAAAAAUCUGAACUUCAAUAGUAAUCAAUUUACCAUCACCUGCCUAACUGUUCAGUUAAACACUUCAAGAAUAAUUUAUCCAAAUAUAUUUCCUUAACUAUAAUUAGUUACAAUGACCAGUUUGCCAUGCUAGCAGAGAGGCUUGCCAAGGAACGUCUGGAAACAGGGCUUAGAGAGUCUGCUCAGCAGAAGGUAAUUUUUUUCAUUUAAUAUUAUUAAAUUUUUUUUAUUUUUUUUUUUUAAAGUUUAUAAUUCAUUUUUUUUUUCAAAAUCUCUGUGUCAACAGCUGUUGGAGAGAAUGAAACGAGAACUGCGCAAAAAAAUGGAGGAAGAAAUAAAACAAUACCAGGAACAAAUAUUUCAUGAUGAUGAUGAUGUGCAUUUCCGACAGGUGGAUGCUGACAGAUUAAGGAAGCAUUUACACCAUGCUCGAUACUCUUGUAAAAUCUAAAUGUAAAAAAAUCGAAUCAGAAUAAUUUCCCAUUCCAGACUAUUUUAAAUAGUCGUUACAUAACUAUAAAUAAACUAAAUAAUUUAUUUCAUUACUAUAUAAAUUAGAAUUUCAUAUUAGAAUAUUUUGAAACAAAUGUAAAGGGUCAAGUUGUCCACAUCACGUUUUUUAAAUGGUAGGAAGGUUAAUUUGAUAUGAUGAAAUUAUGGGUAUUUUUGAAGAAAGUAAAAUAAUGUAUUUAUUUUUCAAAAGUCUUCAAGAGUAAAUGGAGAAUGUUUAAAAGAUUUUUUUUUUUUUUAAAAUCACAUAGAGUGGUUUGUUUGAGAUGUUCUCGUAAGUUUUGUGGGCAACUCCACUAUUUGAAACUUCACAUAACCCUGAAUGAUAAACAUUGUAAUAUUUGAAUGAGGUUUUUUUUCCCCCAUGGACACAUUAGUGCUUGACUGCUGAAGGAUGAUGCUGAACCAGAGAAAUGUAUCAUUUAUUUGACUGAGCCUUUUAUUUAUUACCAUUCUUUUAAGGCUGAAACAUCACAUGAAAAAAUCUCUUGAUUUGCUGUAUUAAAAAAGUCACCCAACAUGUUAAUUUUGUUUGCUUACUUUUUAAACGUUAUGUCCCUCACUGAAGUACUUGUCUCAACAUAGGUGUCAAGAAUUUGAGUGUUCCAAAAUGUUUAAUUAGAUUACACAUUAGGCUUUUAAGCACAACAUAAAAAUGUAUUAACCUUUUUAAGAAAUUACAAACUUUUGAAUUGCAGGACUUUUUAUAAACAUCUGUAAUUUUUGUUUUUCUGGUAUCAAAAGUCUAAAAUUGUGAUAAACAUUGAAAAUACAGGACAAGAGGACAUUUUUUAUUAUGCCAAGCUAACUGUUCUGAAUUACCAAUUAUUUGAUAUAUUAGCAUGAACUGGCAAGAGCCAAUUAACAGACGAAGACAAUGAGGAGCUUGUUUCAGACAUGGCUGUAGCCUGGUCUAAACACUAAGGCUGAAACUGAGAAAUUGAAAAUUCAAUCUGAAAUAAAAUGGCUCCUAAAUAAGUUUUAAAAUCUGCUUGCUUAUCGUUUUAUUUAACAAAUUUAAUGGAAUAUAAUAAAUUGAUAUUAUGUGCAAACAUUCACUGUGGCAUUGUUGUCCGUUGUAAUACAAAUUUUGUCAUGUCCAUUUUCACAUUUCUGAUGUGGCAUUUUGUAAAUGUCAUUAAGUUAUUUUUAAUAGAUUAUUUACUAAAAAGUUUAGAAUUUUUCAACUGUUUAAUCUAUACUUUAUCAUCAUUUUAUUUUAUACAAUUUCUUUAUGUACCAUCACUUUAAAAAAUCCUAAAACUUUUAUUCUUUUAAAAGCUGGUAAAUGAAACUGUUUCCUCAAUGAUUCU